AUGUCAAACAUUUUCCUGCCCUUCCGCAAACCUCGGGUUACGCCCAAUUCCACCAACGAAUAUUCCGCCAUGCCUCGGCGCCUUAACAACGGCCUGGCGUUGAUGCCACGCUGGAUGUUGCUCGCGGCGCUGGCAGCCAUCUGCCUGCUGGCCGUCGUCGGAUGCCGACCGAACCUGGGAGCAUCCACCAAGGGUUGGGGAGCCGUGGCGGUGGCCAACGGCGUGGUGUAUGCCACUACCCGGGACGGGCAGGUGCUGGCCCUCGAUGACUUUGGCGACGGAACCGUCAGCACGCGGUGGAGGUCUUCCGUCGGCGGAGAAGACGGAUUUUUGGGCGCGUAUAACCCGCCCGCCGUCGGACAGCAUCUGUACGUAGCCGGUAUCGACGGGAUCCUGUACGCGCUCGACCUGAACGCUUCCGGCGGGGCGGUCGGAACGGUCUGGCGUAACCCCAACGUUGAACCGGAAGAUAUCGUGCCUCUUGUUGGCAGCCCCGGCCUGGACGAAGCGGGCGGCAUCGUGGCGGUUGGUUCAGAGGACGGCGGCUUGUACGCCUUCAUCGCGUCAACCGGAGAGUCGUUGCGAUGGUCUCCGUUCCGCACCGAUGAAAGAGAGAUAUGGUCCACUCCGUUGCUGCGGAAUGGCGUCGCGUAUUUCGGUUCGCAGAAUGGCAAGGUGUAUGCCGUUAGCCUGGCUACGGGCGAGGUGGUGUGGGAAUACGCUACCGGUGGGGCAGUGGUCGCCAAACCGCUGAUUCAUCAGGAUAUGCUGAUUAUCGGCUCGUUUGACCGGCAACUGUAUGCCCUCGGGCUGGAAAGCGGCGAUUUGCGCUGGCAAUUUGGCGCCGACAACUGGUGGUGGGCAACCCCGGUGUCGUCGGGUCGCAUGAUCCUGGCUCCAUCUAUGGAUGGCAAAGUGUACGCCCUGAACUCCAGCGGUGGGUUGUUGUGGGCCUAUGAUAUGGGAGCUCCAGUAGUGGCGGACCCGGUCUUGCUGCAACGGGGUUUGGCGGUUGCCACCGUGGACGGCAAAUUGGCCGUGCUGAGGGCCACCGAAACCGACCACGGCCAGGCGCAGGAAAUCGCCUCCCUGACGCUUGGCAGUGGCGAGAUCAAAGCGCCGCUGAUUAUCUCCCGCAGCCAGGCUACGUCCGACACCGGGCAGCCUGAUUCCGUGUACGUCGGCUCUGAUGACGGCACGGUGCGGCGGGUGGAGGUGGUGUCUGGCAUCAAUAUAUUGUGGUGCUACGACACUGAAGAAAACACCAGGUGCAACUAG